AUGGAAAGGACAAGGGCAAAACAGGGGCAACCCCCAACCUCUCCACUAGAGGACCAAGCGCCAAGGCUAGUGAUAAACGUCAUCCAUGGGAUGACCGACCCCCAAAGGGAGAAUGCCUUUCGUGGCGAGAUUCAGAGAGCUACGCACUUGCAACAAGUCAUGUCAGUAAGACCAUUACUCAAGAAGUCCAGAACGGAAGCAAAGCGUUCUCAGUUUGACAUUGUGUUCUCCGAGAAAGAUCUGGAAGGGAUCCAACAUCCUCACAUUGAUGCCCUGACCGUCACCAUCAGUGUGGUGAACAAAUUUGAUGUGAAACGGGUCCUAAUUGAUCAAAGGAGUGCCGCUGACAUUAUGUAUUAUGACCUUUUCAAAAAACUGGGUCUUGAUGAGCAACAUUUAAUCCCUACAGUCUCCCCUUUGGUCGGUUUCAAUGGACAGACAGAGUGGCUGCUCGGCCGGAUCACCUUGUCCGUCACAGCAAAGUCCAAAGUGGUCCCUGUCGACUCUUUGGUGAUCAACACUUCAUCUCCUUACAAUACAAUCCUCGGUUGA